AUGUUGGAUAACAAACCCCCUUCUGGACGCCUACAUCCGAAACCACGUCUAGGAGCAAUACCCGGUCUGAGGACGAUCGAUCGCGCAACGCCCAAAAACCCGACAAUGCGAAACGUCCUGGGCCCCCAACUCUUGUCGAACGAUUUUUUCACCAGACGGCUAGGCCGCAUUCCCUCCAAUAACUCCCGAGACGAAGGACCGUCGACACUGGCCGCCAACAAAGGCAAGGACCGCGCUCUCUCGGACGACAUGCCGGAAGAAACCACCUUCCAACCCAGAUUGACCGGACGUGUACUUGGGUCUUCAUCGACAAACUGGCGCCGCACCGAAUCAGCGCCACACCUCAAUGACAGCAUCCCACCCGCUCCACCCACCAAUCCUCAACAUAUUGCUCAAUCAGACAUGGCCAGCCUGAUCGCCGAAAUGAGGUUCCAACAUCGCGCCCGCAGGGAAGAAGAUCGUGCACGCCGCGAGGCAGACGAGGAAUCCACACGACGUCACCGUGAAUUGGAUGAUGAAGCAAAAGUCUCCACGAUCGUCAACGCGGCCGUAAAAAAACUCAAUCCACAGGACAUUCUCAAACCAGACGGUUCCAACAUUUGCCGCUGGGAAGAUGCACUCCGGAUGACCGCCUUCGAACGCUUCCAUAAUAAGGACUUCUUCAAUCCCAAGGAGAACGAAGUCAUUGACUCCCACCACGAGAUGAUCGCACGCGGCAUCAUCCACUCUUUGGUUCAUGCGGAUCUCACGUACGACCUGAUUGACUUUAACAACUCAGCUGAAGUCUACGACCACCUCGUUUCAAAAUUUCGGGUCAUCAAUCGCGCCAAACAGAUGGGCACGUGGGAAAAUUUGAAGAAGAUUUCACUAUCUGACUACAGCAGCGCAGCCGAGGCAAUUGCGGCAGUCAAUCAGUGUGCCAGGAGCUUCCGCGAGCAGGGAGUCGAUUUCACCUGGGACAACGUCAUAGGGUUCAUCUUCCAAGGGAACAUUCGGGACCACCUCGCCAGCUCCGUGGACCACAAGGUGGAACUGUUCAUGGAGACGCACGACUUUGAACUACCAACAUCCGGCGAUAUUCUGCGAUUUUGGGAUGCAGCGCGAACCGAACACCGACUAGCCGCGGAAACAGGACGAUCAGAUUCAUCCGCUCUAGCGCUGACUCUAGCUAGCCGAGAUAGUUCUAGCGUUUCAGGAUCAAACACCAGCACCGUUUCAGGGACCGUCUCAGGAGCCCCGGACGAUCCAUCAGUCUCCGCGAUGGCACUGAACAAGCCACCGACAUGUUACAUAUGCCGACAACCAGGACAUUUCUCCUCCAACUGUCCCUCCAGCCGAAAAAACAACGGGCCCCGAGCCACUGUUGCCCGCCCUACCACUCAACCCAAUUUCCCACCCUGCUCGAUCACGUACAACUACGAUCGCGUACCGUACAUCAAGCCUACCCAGCCAGACCAAAGAACCACUGCCCUGUCCCGCCCAUCGGGACAACUCCCUGCGGCCUCUCGCCAAUCUGCACCACCAGCCAGCAGAACCUCUUCGUCAACCCUCCAAACCAAAAGCGUCGAGACGAGACAGAUCAAUCCGGACCUGUUCGCCGAGGAGCAGGAAGAGGAAGCUGAGUACGUCUUCGAGAGCAAAAAGCUGUCCGCCGAACCAUCAGGCCUCCGCUUCAAUCUUCGAGAAAUGACUAUAGAGCGCAAUGGCCAAGAAGUCCUGUGGGACACAGGCGCAUCUGACAACGUAACAGGCGACAGGUACGCGUUACAUGACUUCACCCCGCUAGAACGACCAAUAGCCGUGAAGGUAGCAACUGACUCAGCUUGUGAUUUCAUCACAGGCAUGGGUACCUUGAAAUUUGUCGGGACGAACAGGGCGACCAUCGUAGUUAAGAAAGUUUACUACUGUGAGCGCGCUCGUUCCACACUACUGUCUCUAGCGGCGUUCAAGAAGUCUAAUGCUAUUUUCAGGGUUCAGGGAAACUUCGAUGCGAUCGAUCUAGUAUUGAAAACGGGUCUGCUACUUCUGCGCAGUGUUUUCGAUCCCAAAAACAACACUUGGCCGUUACCUCUUCCUCUCCGAGCUCCCAUUGUUUCUCCCCAAGUUUCGUCACCAUAUGAAGCCUGUAAUACUCUGCCGCAAGCAAUUGAAACCAACUCCUUUUUCAAGUCCCCUAAUCUUGUCGAGCAUAGUCAGUUCACGUGGAACCCGAAUGACUUGACACCUGACGAGAAAACUCUCCUAUUCUGGCAUCGCCUUUUUGGACAUGCCAGCUUGAGAAAAAUCAGGAGAUUGGUUAAGAUGCAAUUAGGUUACGGCCUCCCUCAUACGAUGCCCACCGGCUCCAUCAAGUGUCCGGUAUGUUCCAUUUGCAAAGCAACAAGAACCUCCGCACUCGGCCCUACAAAACGCUGCAUUGAGAAACUUUCUGUUAUAUGCGUUGAUCUCAUGGGUCCUUUUGAUACUCCCACCAUGACAGGCGGCAAAUACGCGCUUACCAUACGUGAUGUUUUCACCUCAUACAGCGAAGUACAGAUCCUGAAAGCUAAGAGUGAAGCAGCAGAGAUGUUGAUGCAAACAAUCUCACGGUGGGAAACUCAACUCGGGUCCAAGGUGAAGAUUCUUCGGUCAGAUAACGGCGGCGAGUUUGAUUCUAAGCUCUUUGGUAAGUACCUUGCCGAGAAAGGCAUCAUAGCGGAGCGCUCACUGCCGUACCAUCAUUUUCAGAAUGGAGCAGCGGAAAGAUACAACCGGACCGUUUCUGACAUGGGGAGGAGUAUUCUCUACGACAGCGAACUCGGGAAAGAAUUCUGGGGAUACGCCUUCAUGUGGGCAGCAUGGACAUUGAACAGAAUACCAAACCGUAUCACCAAGGAGAAGACGCCAUACAAAUUCUUUUUUGGCGACAAACCGCAGCUUGACAGAACAAGAGUGUUUGGAUCACGUGCAUUUGUCCUGGUGGCACCUGAAAAACGGAAGAAACUAGAUGACCGAGCAAUAGAAGGACUGGUGGUCGGCCACCUGCCCGAGUCCAAAGGUUGGACGUUCUGGUUACCACAGUCGAAAAAACUCGUCUCAUCGGCGUGGGCUGAUUUCGGCAGAAACGCAUUGCCAACGGCGGCAGAAGCUUCUAGCGGGAAUAAACAAAAUAUGACUUCGGCCGGACUUCCAAACGCAGGACCAGCAACUCAAGCCAACCACCUUGUGUUCAACGACUUCACUCAAGAAAAACUAGUCGACGAACAAGAACGGCUAGUUGAUACCUGCUUGAAGACUUGCGCGGACGAUUCAGGUAAGGUUCCUCUCACAUUCAAGGAGGCCAUGCGCUCCCCGGAAGCGGCUAAAUGGAAAAUAGCUAUAGACACUGAGCUAGACAACAUGAAGAGGAAGAAUGUCUGGAAAGUGCGACGCCUCCCCGCCAACCGUCGCAAGUUAGGAGCGCGCUGGGUCUUUGCGAGGAAAUCAAACGCUGACGGCUCUAUCAGAUACAAAGCCAGAUAUGUUGCGAAAGGGUUCAAUCAAAAAGAAGGCACCGAUUUUGCCCACACCUUUGCGCCUACAGCUACUUUCACCUCAAUGAGGAUUUUACUUUCCAUUGCAGCCCGCAAUAAUUGGCCCAUCUACAACUUUGACUUUGUUGCGGCGUAUCUCAACGCACCCAUCAACAAAGAAGUGUGGGUCCAAGCCCCUGAAGGGCUUGACGUGAACCUUGGCAAAGCGUGCUUACUUCAACGCGCACUCUAUGGGACGAAGCAAGCAGCCCGAUGUUGGUGGAAACACCUGAGCGGGACUUUAGCCGACCUUGGAUAUGUCUCUAGCUAUUACGACUCAAGCGUGUAUACACUCAGCAACAAAGCGGACAAGUCCAUCAUUUGGGUACAUGUUGACGAUGGCAUUGUCACAGGAUCAUCUGACAAGGCUUUGAAGUUGCUCGAAACACAACUGAAAGGGUGCCUCGAAAUCAAAUGGUGCGAAGGACUGACUAGUAUGGUUGGCGUCAAGAUCGCAAGGACAACCAACGGCUUCGAACUAACACAGCCUAAUCUGAUAGAGAAGAUCCUCAAGGAGCACUGGGACGGUGUCACUGUCCACUCGUCGCCGCUCCCCGAAGGAUACUCCGCAAAUUCGGAGCCAGACGAAUGUGGCUCCAACGGCAACACUUUCCUCUCAACCAUUGGAAGCCUUAGCUAUGUAGCGGUAGGAACACGUCUCGACAUAGUAUACAGUGUUAACUACCUAGCCAGAUUCUCCAGCAGACCUUUGGCGGUUCACUGGAAGGGACUCAAGCACUUACUUGGUUAUCUGGCGGGGUCAAGGACAACUCCGCUGCGCAUCCACCCCGAUAAAUCCCAAGCGACCCCGGUGGAGUGCUACGUUGACGCAAACUGGGGCGGCCCCAACUCCAGAUCAACGUACGGAGUCGUCAUCCGCUUGUAUGGUGCGCCUGUCAUGUGGGUCUCCCAAAGACUAGUCACAGUGGCUAGUUCAACUUGCCAAGCUGAAUACAUGGCGCUUGGGCAUGCGACACGUCACACCCUUUGGAUCCGAAACCUGCUGUAUGACAUCAUUGGGACCCAGUUUCCGGUGACAAUUUACUGCGACAACCAAUCUGCGGUCAAGAUUGGCUGUGAGGACGCGUCUAACAAGCGUACCCAUCACAUCGAACGCGAGUUCUAUGUUACGAAUCAAGCACUCUACGAGAAGAAGACUUCUCUGAAAUGGAUCCCCGGAACAGAUCAGAUUGCGGAUGUCCUCACCAAAGCGCUGGGCAAAAGUGGUAACCAGAGCAGCUUCAUUUGUUGA